AUGUCUUCAGAUACUCCUCCUCCAACUGAGAAGCCAGAUGAUGAUGGCAGUGGAGCUACUGGAGGGAAAGAAGAAGACAAGCAGGAAGAUGAGAGUGAUUUGAGUGAGUAUUUUACAUUUAGGUAACUAAUAUAUAAAACUGUUGCACAACUGAUGCAAUUAGCACCUUCACACAAGCACUCAGUAAUGUACACAUUUACUGUAAUUAGCAUAUCAGCAAUCACACAUACCACCUACAUAAAUCUGUAAACAUUAUGUAUUUGACUGAUUCAACAUAGGACACAAAGCUAAAUGUUUAACAAAGUCACUUGUAAAAUUUUUUGUUGAAUACUGAUCAUUAUGUGAUAACCUAGGAGUUUAAUGUACACCAACAUCAUGCCCAUUUUGGCAGGAACUAUGUUGGGAAAAAAAUUAGGCAAAAUAGGCCUACCAUAAGGUAACCAAUCAAAACAGACAAAGGAUUUGCUUCAUUAUGCCCCUCACUGAACUAGACAUGUGUUGAAAACAGAAAAAAAUUUACCAUAAUGAUCGGAUGUUACACACCCCAUUUCCUUAUCUCUCCCCCUCAAUACUGUGCCACAUUCAGUAAAGAAUGUUUGUCUUGUAUCACCUUAUGGUCAACCAUGUCCCUUAGCUGUACUUGGCUGCAUGUACUAUCAGACUGUCUGUGGCCAAUCAGACUAGCAGCCAUGGAUAAAAAGAUAACUGUAGUUAUACCUUUGGGUUUGGAAACUUUCAGUUUGAUAGAUAGGUGCCUUGUGAUCAAAACUGAAACUGGUGGAACAUUCCAUUGAGCCGAGAUGAGACCAACUCUAACAUCUGUACCAAUAGUCAGUUCAAUCUGAUUAUGCUAUAAUUUUUUCUGGUUUCAAAAAUAAACUUUCUACCAGCUCCCAUGAUCAGCAAUUGUCACUUAACAUAAAGAAAUGAUUCAAGUAUUGCUGUUUGCUUGCUAAUAAAAUCCUUAGAUUUUCUUCAACGGUUACUGGCCCAGUUAAAACCACCAACUGCCAGUGAGGGAGUGGAAAAAGAAAAACCAGAACAAUUAUUAGAGGAAGUCACGUUUGAAGGAGUUGCAAAUUAUAUCAAGAAAGGGAAAUGUAAGUACAAAAAAACUUGCAUUCGAAUAUAUUGUAGACCAAGUAGAUCACAGUACUUUCAAGCUUACAUUUUGCUUUUAAAUCAACACCCCUGGCAUGGUUUUUGGUCUGCCAAGUUCUUUGUCAGUUCUCCUAUUUUUUUUUCAUAAAAUCUGUAAAUUGCUAUGGGCAUGGUCAGUUAUUCUGAAGUUACUUGAAAAGAAAUAACUGGAGAACCUUCUGACAAGGAUUAUUUUUUGCUAUAUGCAUGAUUUGACUUCUAAAACUUUGAUUUGAUAGUCUCUCAUCUCUCAGCUGUUACUAAACAGAUUAUGGCACAGUAUUUUUAAGUACCACAGAUUUUGCCCUGGGAUGUAUGAUAUUACCUUAACCAUUUAAUCCCUGAGUGAUUAGCAUCUAAUUUCUCCUUUCAAUGUCGCCUCUGAAUCAAACACUAAGGUUAUGAGAAUAAAGGAAAUGAUAAUCAACUGAAGAAACUCUUGAUUGUUAAACAAAUUCUCCAUGCCAGCACAUUAGGAAAUUUAUAGAGAACAGUAUGGAGAAUGUGCAUACUGAUGUUAGGUUGUAAAAGGUUAAACAGGAAUACUUUUCUUUUGCAGGUAAAAAUAUAAUUGUAAUGACUGGUGCAGGCAUCUCAACUGCUGCCGGGAUUCCAGACUUUAGAUCUCCUGGUACUGGUCUCUAUGACAACCUGCAAAAAUAUGACCUACCCCACCCCCAGGCAGUAUUUGAAAUAAACUUCUUCCGGGUAAGUUAUGCAAGUCUGGAUAAAGGCACACAGGUGUCCAUUAAAAAUGUAAAAAUUUGAUGAUAUUCUUUAGCUACUGAUUUUUCAGACUGACAAUUACUGAGCAAGAAAGAGUGUUAGCCCCCUUGCUAUGUGCUGACCAUGAUAUAGCCAUUAACCCUUUCACUCCCAAGAUCCAAUCAGUAAUUCUCCCUUCUGACUUUACAUUCCUUGGGAGCUAGAUUGGAGAAUUUGGUCUUACAUCAAGAUAUCACCUUCCAGAUGAUCAACCUCUCAGUUCCUAUAACAUGUCAGCCAGAUAUUGUACUUGAAUUGCAAGGAGAAAUGACAUGUUUAUCACCCGUAGGUGUUUAAGGAUUUGCAGUUAUUGUGCAGUAACAGUUAUGUAUCAUUUUCAAGUGCAUGGUUCCAUUCAAUCAACAGUCAAAUCCAGAGCCAUUCUUUAUGCUGGCUAAAGAGCUGUACCCUGGAUCAUUUAAAGUAAGCAGAUGACAUCAGUACAGUUUCAAAAUGUAUUUUACUCAGUUACUAUUGAAUAAGUCUACGGCUAUUUUUUUUUGGUUUAUUGCUAAUAUUUAAAUCACAUGAUUAGCAGAGUAAGAGAAAAAUGUCAAUAGUGGUGAUGAUCGAAAACCAAAUGUUUAAAUUUAAAUAUAUUCUUGAUUAUUUCUUCUUAGCCAACAAUUUCACACUAUUUUAUCAAGUUAUUAAGUGACAAGGAGUUGCUGCUACGUAAUUACACUCAAGUAAGAAUUGCAUUUGUCAUUCUGUAUAUUAACAUUUAAUGACCAUGCAGACCAACAUGUCUACAGUAGGUCAAACUCAUGCUGGUAUUUACUGUGUACUUGGACGAGACAAUUCCCAGAUGUUACAACUAAAUAUUCUCACUGUUCCUGUCUUCACUAAGCUGCAGUGAAAGGGUUGACAGGAAUAUUGUUCAAAUUAGUUGGAGGUCCACUUUACCUACCGGUAGUUUGAAAAACUUCUCGUCCAGUAGAAGUGGCAAAACUUUCAGUCACAGGCAUACAUCUUACUACUUGUUUAACAGCAAGAAGCUUUCAGUUUAUGUCAGCAUUAUUGAAAUAUUCUCAGUUAAUGCAAAACAAUGGAAAAGAUGCUUUAACAAAAAUUAAGGAUUCUAAGAUAAACUUAGCUUGCAAUAUCUGUGACACAUUGCUACUCUGAUUUAGUAUGAGGUGCCACAUUGUGAAUGAGGUGACACUUCAAAAGAAAAUCUUGCAUUAAUUUUCGUAGAGAAAUGUUUUCUCCUGAUUAAUUUCCUUAACAGAAUAUUGAUACUCUAGAACGAGUGGCAGGCAUCCCACAAGAGAAACUUGUCGAAGCACAUGGAUCUUUUCACACAGCGCACUGUUUGGAUUGUGUAAAAGAAUAUUCUCAUGAAUGGGUCAGAGGUACAUGGGUCUGAUCAUGCAAUAAAAUUAUUUAUUGAUAAUUUGGUUAUAAAAAGACAUCAAUUUAUAUUUAACCACUGGCUCUACAUGUUUCUCCUACUUUAAAGCUGAACUAAAAAGCCAUAAAAAAGCAAACUGUAAAAUGAGAUCUGUAAAGACCAAGUAAGAGACAUAAUCAUUUUUAACACUUUCUUAAACAUGUGUUCUUCUCUCUCUCUCUUUUUUGACUUCUACGUGUGAAAUCUACUUCUAUAUGUGAAAUAUAUUACACACGCCUUGUUUGUUUUGCAUCUUAAAAAUUCCUCUGUAUUUACUGGAUCUGAAAAAGUACAUGGAAGGAUGCAUAUCACAAAUUUUUAAACAGAAUAUUUAUUCAGUUGAAUAUUGUUACUUUUACUUACAACAACUCGAGUAGGGUCUCUUUCAGUUAAUUCCUCUCAGACUUAGAAAAGGCUGACUACUUUUUUAGGCAUGGUGUCCCUUCACAGCUUAAUACCUCCUUUUAUGUGUGUGUGUGUUUUUUUUUUCAGAUGAAGUAUUUGCAGACAAAAUACCUACUUGCCCUGAUUGCAAAGGAGUUGUAAAACCAGGUUUGAAGAAAAUAGAGCUGUUUAUAAUAAAUUAAUCUUAAAGGUAGAUUUCUUCAGCUGUGAUAUAUGCUUGCUGCAACAAAGAAAAGUCCAUUUUUUUUCUUUCUUUUUUUUUUUUAAGUAUUAGUAAUGUUAGCAUAUUUUUUUUUCAGUGAAACAUUAGUCACAUGAUCUUCUCACAAAGUACAUAAGAAGGCUAAGUAUUUGGGAAAUGAUCAUUUGAACAAACCCACCUUGCCAAAUCAAAAAUUAAAUCAUGUGGUGACUGGCAGAGAGGUUUGCUAAUGCCAACCAAAGCAGGGGUCAUUUUAGAAAGUAUCAGUAACAGUACACAUUUGGGUUGUUUUCCAUUAAGCCUUGCCCAUUUUAAUUUACUCUGCUGCCUCUGUGUUAAACAUAAUGAAAGUCCAAUGUAAUGAAAGAUCAAUAAAAGAGAUAGGUUGUUUGUUAGAAACAUAUUGACAGUAAAUAGAGUAAAAAUGAUGGUGAGUUUUUGAAAUAAUUUGGAAUUAGAGGUUGUUGUGGUCAGGACAUUACAAUAAUUCUGCUUCUCUUUCUGUUUAAGACAUAGUGUUUUUUGGUGAAUCCUUACCACCUGUGUUUCACAGAUGUGUUCCUCAGGUAAUUAAUAACAAGUUUUUCAAUGUUUGUAGUUAUCUACAUGUGUACAUGAUAAUUUAGUGUUAUCAAUUGAGUUGAUCAUGUAAAUUGGCCACCGUAAAGAGUUAAAAAGCUGAGUUUUCUAAUGUAGCCCUUUGUCAUUCACUCUGAUGAAGGGCUAAUGCUCGAAACGUCAGCUUUGUAACUCUUUAUUGUGGCCAAUUUACGUGAUCAACUCAAUUGAUAAUACUAAUAUAUAUCAUGUUAUACUCUCCCAGCGACUCAGCACCACAGUUUCUUUACAAACUUACCCCUUUACUGUGUGUAUAACAUGAGAUAGGAGAAUUAACUUGUAUGAAAAACAAAAUCUCAGUGAUCACUGAUUUGAAAUACUUUUUGCAAUUCUUAGGAGGCUUUUUGGGUCAGCUGCAUAUUAAUGUAUUGUUUUUUAUGACAGACAGGAUAAAUUUUGUCUGAAAUAAAUGAAUUUAUACAAAUUUUUCACUGAAUGAAUUAAGACUAUUUCGAAAUCAUUUAAGUUUUGGCAGUCGACUAAUUAAUUUAAGAUAUGACAAGAACAGUGGGAAGUAUAAAAGGCUUAAAUUGAAGCCAGAAUGUUGCCUUGAUUUUGCAAGACACAUGUAUGAACACUCUUGUUAUAUUCACAAGACAUUUUUUUUUCAAAACACUCGUAAACAUUCUAAAGCCUUUUUUGCCAGGAUAUGCCAAAAUGUGACCUGUUAAUAGUGAUGGGGACUUCACUGGUUGUGCAGCCAUUUUGUUCCCUAGUAGACAGGUAAGAAUCAGUUAGAAGUGUCUGGGGUUAAAGUAAUGCAAGAGCAUGAAUUGUGGGUAAACUUUAAUUAUUAAUUAAGUAGUGUAUUAGGUAACGUAUUCGAUGUGUUCUUGUAAACCUGUAAACUUUGUAAGGUAAUACUUCUUCUCAGCAUCACGCCCCCCUUCCCCCCCCCCGUAAAAAAAAAAAAAAAAAUGAAAAUAUAUAUGGCAUUUAUCAUAGCCAAGAAAAGAAGGGGAGAGGUGCGGAGCGGAUAAAAAAAGCAACCCAUUGAGUUAUUUAUUAAGGUUAGCAUUGCAAGUAAUUGUACGGAAUGAUCGUGAAGGGACACUGUCAGAUAAUACUCUGUAACCUCAAAAUUUUUUUGUGUUCUGCAGAGUUCCUGCAACAACUCCGAGAUUGUUAAUAAAUAAAGAGAAAUGUGGAAACCAGGUGUGAGCUAUUUAGAUCCUUUUUUAGCGCAAACUAACCCUCACACGUUCAGUUUAAAAGCUCACUGUACCUUUGCUAUUCCAGCCUGACUUCUUCAGCCUGUUAAUGGGCGGGCCAGCCAGUGGUUUCCAGUUUGAUAGUGACGACAAUUAUCGGUAAGAGCAAGAAGGAUAUUUCUUGUUUCACAAUCAACAAGACGUUUAGGAAAAUAUUGCUUAUCCAGGCGCAUUCGGUGAAAUUUUCUGGCGGCCGUAUUUUCCCACCAGUUAACCUGCCACAAGAGAAUAUCAUAUUCUCUUGCCUGCUAUGACAACAUUUUCCACGCCAAAGACCCCUUACAGCCUUUUUUGCGUUUGAUGCACAAAUAAGGAGUCGCUCUCUUUUGAUAGACAGAAUUGAAUAAUAUGGAAUAUACCAUUCGCGUGAUUACUGCAAUUUUCCUUUCAGGGAUGUCAUGUGGCAAGGUACCACAGAUGAUGGUUGUGUUGCUUUGGCUGAGUUACUGGGAUGGAAGGUAACUGCACUUCUGACAAUGAUCAGGCACGCAAUUUUACUAGGCAUGUUGGUGUUGCUACGAAGUGACCUGUUUCUCUUUUUUGAAAUUUAAAACGAGUGUUUCCGUUCCAAACCGCUCUUGGCUUCGCAGCUCAACUCUUUCAGGCACACACAGGAACGCCUGCUACGCAAGUCACCCCAACAACUUAACUGAUUCAUUGGUAUCAGAACCUUGCAAUUGACAAAUGUAUAGGGCAACAACCCGCCAAAAAUUGUAUUUCUUUGUUCAUUGGCAUGUGAAGCGAUUUUCAACUUCAUGUAACAUUUGAAGAUUCGUUGAAGAUAUAUUUUCUUGAUUCCUUUCAGGAUGAGCUAUUAAAUUAUGUCAAGGCAGAACAUAAAAGGAUCGAUGAAGCUAAUGCUGAAGCAAAGAAGCCGAGCGCUUCCGAGAAAAAAGGUUCGUAACUUUUGAUACUCGCGAAUUUUGACGUGCACUUUGAAAGCAGAAAAAUUAGUCGCGAAAGAAGGUUUCGCCAGUUGAACUUCUUGGGAACCAUGUUCUUCUUUCAACGUAGCUCUAAGAGAAGAGUUCAAUGAGAAUGAAUGUUCUCAGAUAUGAUUUAUUUUAAACGUUAUUUGUGACAUAUUGUGUAGUUCCUUCAAUGACGGGAAACAAAGAAUCCACUAAUAUUUGCCUCGCUUUCAAUAUGUGAAUUGUAAACUCAACUACCAGCAGAGCCGAUAUAUGAAGGUACGGCUCCAAGCCCUGUUUAAAAGUUAUUUUUCUUUUCCUUUUGAGGCCUUUUCUCAGUAAUUCCUUUGAUGGCAGUCAUCCUUUGAAUAUCAAAUCCUUUUUUUAGCAUACAUCAUGAAUACGAUAAAUUCCAUGUAUUUUUUUUGUGUAAAGUAAUUCUAGUUUCCGACAUCGAUCCACCCGUUAAAUUUCGAAACAUUUCUCCUGAUUUACCAAGAUGACCUGUUUCACUUGUCCGUUCUUCCUAGGUGGGAAUAAAGAAGUUGGCAAUCCGUCAAACGAAGGCAGUGAAGCAGAGAAACAGAACAAAGAAGCCAGCAACCUUUAAAAUAAUAAUGAAGUCCCAAAGCUGUAAAAAUUUCUGAAAAAUUUUUUGUUUCAAUAAUUUUAAUUGAACGGUUUAUUUAGGCAAUGAAUUCUUUCUAUUUCAAUGUAUUAUAAAUGGCUGGUAACCAGUGUCUGGGAAUUUUUUUAACUUAAUAUUUCUCGAUCACAGAAUUUGAAUUCAAUUGAAUAUGUGUAUUACUUCAGUAAAGACAAAUAAACUCAUGUAAGAGGC